GAUAAACCUGAAGAAUUGAAAAACUUUGUUCUGUUGUUUUAGGUUGACAUUGAACUUGAUCUGCCAGAAGUGGUAAACAUGCCAUCUUUAGAGAGUAUUUUGAAUGAGAAAGAUGAAGAUAUAAUUUCACUAGAAGAUGAUCCAGAUCUUGCCAGUUUGCUUGAUGAACAAAUGCUGUCCUCUUCGCUUGACCUGGAUCCAAGUGCAGGAAAGAAGGGAAAGAAAACUAAGCAUGGCUCAGUUCUACGACAUGUUGUGUUAAAAAAUGUCUCUGCUCAAAUGGUCUCUGCAUCUGCUAGAGUUGAUGCUGGCUUGCCAACAGCCAUGGCAGUGUCGUCUCUUAUUUGUAUUGGAACAUCUCAUGGCAUUGUGCUAGUUUUUGAUCCUCAGCAAACACUGAAGCUGGUACUUGGAAAUACAUCAAUUGGUGCCGAGUAUGGUGCUGUCACUGCUCUUGGAAUCAACAUGGAAUGUACAAGGCUUCUUUGUGGACAUGCAAGGGGCCAGAUAACAAUGUGGGAUUUACAAUCGGGUAAAUUACUGAGAUCAAUCACAGAUGCUCAUCCCAUGGGCAGUGCAGUGCUCCAUGUCAUGGUGAGGAAGGGUGGUGGAGGGUGUUGCGUGUAUCCAGCUCAUUCCAAGGCAGAGAAGCAAGUCAGAUUUGUGUUCCUGCAGAGGAUUGAGACAUCUUACAAGCUCAUUGCGUUAGAUGUUGCCGCUAGUGAACAUUCAUGCUACCAAACAGUGGCAGUUUUCAAUGGACAACAGUUAUUGUUGGGAGUUAAGUCCGUCCAUGUGUUGACAUUAAGGAACUGGCGUGAUAGAAUAGAAGUGUUUGUGAGGCAGAAUAACUUCCUUGAUGCUCUUGAACUAGCUUUGUCCUUUUACGAUGGGACCGCCAUGGCAGUUAUCGGUUUGCUUGGAAAUAAAGAGCAGAGGAUGGUAGAAAUUGCUGCUCAGAUCGAGGAAUUACUGCUUGCCUAUGUAGAUAUCACGGUAUUCGUGAGCUGUCCUAAAACUAAAGAUUCUGAAGAGCUCAGAACUUACUUCAAGGUAAGCCAAAUGGCUUUCAUUUGCNUUGAUGUGACAAAUCUAGAUAUUCAUCAAAUGGUAAAGCUAUGUUGGGCACAUGGCUUGUAUGACGCCAUUUUCUAUGUUUACAACAGGGGAAUGCGCGACUAUUGUACACCACUAGAGGUAAAGCAUUGCGCACUCUUAGAAUGUAGAACUCGGCAUAGCUGGUGUUCAAAUAGGAUAUACAUGCAUACAUACAUGUACUUUUUGUUGAGGCAGGUUGGUUUGAGGCAACCUGAAGGCUGGUGGGGACCUGCCAGAAACUUAAUUAAAAAACUAUUUAUACAAAAACUUAUUAAUAUAUGUAUACAGGAUUCUUCUAAAUCAACUUGUAUUUGUAUUUCAUCACAGGCUUUUGAGCGGAAAGAUUUUGAUGACGGUUUUGAUGGCCCUACAGGUGUCACACGGAGGCAGUUCCUUGUAAAUGUUCUUCUUGACGUUAUGGUGCAAGAUACAGGAUUUACACCAAGCCAAGUUGGAUCGUUGUUCACCUUUCUAGCACGACAGAUGGCUAAACACGAGAAUAGAAUAGAAGUAAACAAAGUGUUGUUCGAACAGGUUCUUGAAUAUCUGGCAAAUCCUGAUGACGAUUCCAGACACGAGGAAAGACAACAGGCCUUGCUGGAGCUCUGGAAUGCAGGAGGACUGAAACAGUUUGACGACGCCAGAAUUCUGGUCCUUGCCGAAAAUGCUAAGUUCUACCGAGUGUGUGAAAUGCUGUACGAAAGAAAACGCCAAUUCUCCAAGGUUCUGUCUUGUUACUUCAGGGAUUCCCACAGAGAGCACCAAGUGUUCACUUAUGUCCAUGAUGUGAUGACGGAAGACGUUUACACCGAUCUGGAGAGGGAGGAACUGAAGGAGGCCUCGCUUAAAAGUUUACAGAGCUUUCUAUCCAUUGACUGUGGAAAGACUGCUCACAUGAUUCUCACGGAAUUUCCAGAUAUUCUGACAAUUGUCAUUCGCCAACUCGAGGGCCAAGCCACGGUGCAGUACGAGUUCCUGAAAGGCGUGUUCGAUAAUAAGUCAUCCACAAGCACCCGCCCAGAGGACACGCCCGAUGCAGAAGUACAUGAGAAAUACAUCGAGUUGAUGUGUAAAUACCAGCCUGACUUGGUGCACAGUUACUUGAGGAACACAGAAAAUUACAGACUGGAGGAAACACUUGCGAUUGUUCGCCAAUUUAAUAACACAUACGCUACAGCGUACCUUUUGGAGAAAGCUGGAGAUAUUCACGGAGCUUUCCAACUUCUUUUAGAGACCUUAAAGGUUAAAGUAAAAGUUCUCUGUGAUGUUUUCGAGAAACAGGAAUCUCCACCAGAAAACGAAAUCAGAAAACUCACGGCAAACGUCGAGGCCGUCCUGUUAGGAGUUAUAAUCCCUUUGUGCCAAAGAAACUCAGGGAGGCUUGAAGAAGCGGACAGAGAGGCUUUGUGGUUUCCCCUCCUUGAAACUGUCAUGGCGCCUCAAAGGAAGUGCAAGGAUACAACAAGCGCUUAUUUUCUAGCUUUCAAGGAUCAAACAAGACACGUCCUGAACAGCAUGAUGGGAUACAUUUCGUUACCGGCCAUUCUACAGAAAAUAAUGCAGGAUCCCACAUACAGCACGGGUAAAUUUGGUGAAAUCAAGGAACUUAUUUUGGGAAUGUUAGACACCUACAGCUAUGAAUCCACCCUCUUAAAAACGACCAACAAAUUACUGGCGAGCGAUCUGCACUCUUCGCUCAGCCAUCUUAAAAAUCAAACCAAUCUUGGAUUUGUACCCAAGUCUUCCCGGUGCGCCAUCUGUCAUAGACUCUUCACCGACGAACUUGUCAGCGGUCAACGUGAUGACUUCAUACUAUUCAGGUAAGAUGAUACGUGGUGUAACUUGUUUCUUGUAUACCCGAGAUUCCGUUGUUAAAUGAAGGUUUACACAGAGAGUAAAGGUCUGGCAAACCUUUGAAAAUCUUGUAUUUAACUAACUUUCGAGACUUAAAAAGAGCGUGGAAAAUGAAGAAGACUGUCUUGAAACAUGUUUGCUAUUUUUUUCAUGUUUUAACUAGUUUUUUUGUCAGUGAAGUGUAAGUUCGUUCUUUUUCUUUUACGGAGAGUUAAGUAUAGACUCGCUGAUGAAACCAAGUCUAGAAAACACAGAGAAUGGCUCGAGAAAAGUAUGAACUUCGCAAUGAGUUUCUAUGUAGCAUUUUUCCUGAAAAAAUAUUCUGAAGAAAUGUACUGCCUACUGCAGUACAUUUCGACGGCGCGCAUGAGAUUGGAACAACAAACAAAAAGUAGUACAAUAUUGUGAUAAAUUGUCGUUUUCGGAAUUAUUCGAGUAGAGAGAU